AAAACAAUAACACAAGUCGUCAAAAAAAAAAACAUUUUGCUUUAGCUUUUUAGGUACUAUAUAUUUUUUAAUUUUUGCAUCAUGAAUGAAACAAAAACUACUUCAAAUUUGCCGAAAUUCUAUUAUUGAACCGCUGUCGAUGCGGUCAAACAAGUAAAAUUAACAUUUUAAAAAAUAUCUAAGGCUGUAAACAAAGUGCAACAAAAUGCCGUCAGAAUCUAAGAUUCCUGCCCAAAUGGAGAAACCAAAUCAUUAUUCAUAUUUAAAAGAGUUUCGUGUUGAGCAAUGUCCUUUGUUUUUACAACAUAAAUGCACACAACAUAGACCCUAUACUUGUUUUAAUUGGCAUUUUAUGAAUCAGCGGCGCCGUAGACCAGUAAGAAAAAGAGAUGGCACAUUUAACUAUAGUGCAGAUGAUUAUUGUACACAAUAUGAUGAGACCACUGGAGUUUGCACUAAAGGAGACGAGUGCCAAUAUUUACACCGAACAGCUGGUGAUACAGAAAGACGUUACCAUUUGAGAUAUUAUAAGACAUGCAUGUGUGUUCAUGAUACUGACAGUAGGGGAUUUUGCACAAAAAAUGGGCCGCAUUGUGCUUUUGCACACGGGAAUCAUGAUUUAAGACCACCUGUAUAUGAUAUUAAUGAGCAAAAGGUAACUGAAAAUGAUGAUGAUAAUAAUAUAGAUUUAGAUGGACCAAAUGUAUUAGAUAAAGAAAAAAAUUUAAUGAAUGAAGAUCCUAAAUGGCAGGAUACUAAUUUUGUUCUUUCAAAUUAUAAAACUGAUCAAUGUCAACGUCCUCCUCGACUUUGUCGACAAGGAUAUGCAUGUCCUCAAUAUCACAAUAGUAGAGAUAAAAGAAGAAAUCCAAGAAAAUACAAGUACAGAUCUACUCCGUGUCCUAGCGUAAAACAUGGAGAUGAAUGGGGCGAACCAAGUAAUUGUGAAAGUGGUGACUCAUGUGCGUAUUGCCAUACUAGAACUGAACAACAAUUUCAUCCAGAAAUAUAUAAGUCUACAAAAUGUAAUGAUGUACAACAAGCUGGUUAUUGUCCUCGUGGAGUAUUUUGUGCUUUUGCACAUGUAGAUCAGGAAAUGAUUAUUGCUCGUGAAUCAGCUGCUGGAUUAGAUUCUUCAACAGAUUUAGCUGAUAUACUAUCUAAUGCUGUGCCUUCAAUAGGAACUGAAUGUUUAAGAUCUCCGGUAAAAAAAAUAGAUAAUGACAAUAAUAGUUCAUCGAAUGGAAGUGGGGAUCUUUCAGAAUGCACUUCAAGUAUAGGCUCUCCUAAUAAAGCUCCUGGUGCCCAUUUGUCUAGAUCUGAAUUUAAUGUUCAACAAUUUCAAAUAGCUCAUGAAGAUACCAUACAAGCUCUUUUAAAUUCAUUUGAUUCUCAAUCAUUGUUACCUAAUGUUGAACCACAAAGAAGACAUAGUUCUAUAUUUGGACCUGUUGUAUCUAAUGGUAAUAGUAAUUCAUCUUAUAUGAAUCAUUUUUCUUCUUAUCAGCCAACAACUACUAUGAAUGGUAAUUUAGACGAUUUAGUUAUGGAAGAUAAUUUAAAUUUUUCUGUUGAUCGAGAAAAUGAAUCUCCUAUAUUAAAUAAUCCUCUAUCAUCGAGUUUACAAGCCUCUGAUAUUUUAGGAAGUUCAGCUCCAGUUAAUAUUCCUCUUACACGUCAUAAUAGUAUUGGUCAUUUUUCUCCAACAAUAGCUUCUCCAUUAAAACAUAUGCAAAAUAAUAUCAUACAAAAAUCUAGGUAUAACCAACAAGAUGGUCUAGGUCAUUUAAAUAUUGUUACUGGCAACAAUUAUGGCUCAACUGGUUUGUUUGGUAUUGGCUCUCCAGGAGCUGCAAACACAUUUCCAAUUAGUCCUUCAAAUUCAAAUGAAGUUCAAAGAUUACAAGAAGAAUUAUUAAACUGUAGAUCAAAAUUAGUGUCUUGGGAAUCUGAACGAAUGUCACAAGUUAGAUGCACUUAUGAAGCAUGGCAAAGAGAGACUGAAGAUUCAAAUAAUAAAUUAAAAAUUGCAGAACAACAAAGAGAUGAAGCUAUCAAUCAAGCAAAAUCAUUACAACAAGAAGUAGAUUUAUUACAAGGUUCACCGUAUCUGCAUGGACUACGUAGGGUCUCAGAAAUUAGAAAUUUAUCAUUAUCUGUAUUAAAGUCAUUACAGAGUCAAAUGAGAAAUGAUUUAGAAGAAAUUGAAAAGGUUUUAUACUUACAAACUGCUACCAAAUGCAUGUUAUGCGAAGAGCGUAAUAGGAGUGUCACAUUGGGACCUUGUAAUCAUUUUGUGUUGUGUAAUCAGUGUGUUGAUACGAUAAAAGAUUGUCCGUAUUGCUCGACCCCUAUCUUAUCUCAUACUAAUACAUCUACAACACAGGCAUAGAUUAAAAAUUAUCUAUUUUAAGCAAUCAAAAACUUAAUAAUUAUGAUAAUACUAAUAAUAAUUGAUUAAAAUAAUAUAAACUUUAGAAAGAAAAAUAUUACAAAAACUAAUCGGUAUUAGAUGCAUCAAGUAUUAUAAUUUUAAUACUUUAUUAAAUUAUAUAUUAGCAU